GUUUAUUUUGAAAUCAUUUCAAAAGUUGCAAGUGAUAUGGAUGCCGAAAAUUAUAUUUCGCUUUAUUUCGCUGCUCUAGAACAAGUGAAGUGAUGCAAAUUUCUGCUCAAAGCGAAGCAAUGGUCACAGGCGCACGAGGUCAUCAUGGAGUGUUUUGCCAUGGAUUGUGUUCAACGGUGGAAAACUUCCAUCAUUUAAAUUCGAUACUGAACGAGUUCUAGAAUGUCAAACAAAUUUUCAACUGUUCCAUCAAGGGGCAGAUUUCGAGCGACUUCAUCCAGCUGAAUAUGAAGUUCAACCUGACCCGGAACGCGAUCGACGAAGAGGUGGUUAAAGCUUGGCUCGAGGAAUUCAAGACCAAACUGUCCGAUCUGUGCUCGGUGAUCAAGAUGUUUCCCUGUCCGACGCUGAAGCAUCGACUCUGUCAGAACGCAAUCACCCAGCUAUUGGUCAUCCGCUAUGCGUUGAUGCAAAAUGCGCUCGAGAAGCUGCUUCUGCCCCAGGAAUACGUCCUCGAGAAAUUGCGGCUGAGCGCGUUUCUGGACGAGGAUCCGCGGAAGCAGCGAUGAAUAGCGUUUGAAAGAAAUGUAUGAUGUAAUUUUAAUCGCAAAGCAAUAUUACUACAAUGCUGAAACAAAAAAAAACACUCUAGAAUAAAUGGAUGGGUACACAUCCUUUCGUACGCAAAUUUCAAGAUGAUCACAGGAAGUGAACAGAUAAUACAUAUAAAUAAGUAGUGCCCCUGGCUUGUUAGGCAAUGUUAUUAUAAUUGGCUCAUAAAAAAUUGUUCAUUUUUAUCUAACUAUCUGAGACUGUUAAAAAAGUAUGUGGCAACAGAGCGUGUGAAAUAAAUCAUGCUGUUUGUGUAUGAUUAGAAAUAAAAUAAAUUAGUGAGUGAAUGAGUACACAGCAACUGGACAAAAGUUUUUGUAAUACUGUUGAUGACAGCCAAGUCUUUUGUCCAGUAAGUUUUUCAUGUUCAUUUAUCAUUGCAAAUUUACGUUGCCGUCGUUGUGAGAAUCAUUGUAAAACGAGAUGCGCCUAAGAUGAACGUGUGCGCUCUGCAAAUUACGGAAAAGGUUUGCGAACGUAUUUUGAAAUGGGACGGAAAGGUUUAUUA